AUGCUACUCUUUGGGCUCGGAGGGCUUCUGACUAGCGUCGUUCUCCUCAUCAAUGCCAUAGCGAUACUUUCCGAAGACCGAUUUCUUGCAAGAAUUGGUUGGACGAAUGCGGUGGAACCUGGAUUUGGCGGGAUGCGCGAUGAUGCGAGUAUAAAAGCGCGCUUGAUAAAUCUGGUUUCCUCGGUUCGAACACUUAUGAGAAGCUUGCUGCCCCCGGCAUCUUCGACGAUUUUCGCUUCGCAAUGGGCAGAGGACAUUCAAGCUUUGAAAAGCGCAUGCCAUUACGGCAGCUCCCUUGAGCUCAUCUCAUACUGGCAUACGGGCUUCAUCUCUAUCAGCGUAUGCAUGCUCAACAUUCCGGCGACAAGGCUUUUGGAGAGCAGGACGGAUACCGGAACUAGCAGCAGAGGAGUGUUUAGAUUUUGGACAGUGUUUAUGAUCAGUACCGAGCAGGACCACAUCGAGAUUAUUGGCCGACAUAUGGCGGACAAAUCAAACUCACUCGACAGCUUAUGCGCAUAG